UUCGCAUCCUUCAGCCGAGCAUGGAUGGUCCACCACUCCCUCCGGGGCGACAUGAACACCACCAUGAUCGCCCUACACGCACAACACGACCCCACCAGCCCUCUGAUCCGCACCGGCCCCAACGAAGUCUCCGUCUCCGACACCACUGCCAUCAAAACCAUUUACGGCGCAGGAACCAAAUUCCGCAAAUCCGAUUGGUAUAGCGUCUGGCAAGGACAUCGCAUCUUCGAUCUGUUCGCCGAACGCAACGAGAAGGUGCAUGGCGAACAGCGGAAAUUGAUCAGUCGUGCCUAUGCCAUGAGUACGCUGAAACAGUUGGAGCCGUUUGUGAACGAUGCCGUCGAGGUGUUUAUGCGGGAGAUGGGGAAGAGGGCAAGUGGUAGUAGCAGUAGUACUGAGAAUGAUACUGGUGGUGAGAAUCCAAGGAACACUAUCAUAGACAUGGGCUACUGGGUGCAACUCUUCGCCUUUGACGUGAUUGGAGAAAUCACAUUUAGCAAACGAUUUGGCUUUCUCGACGUCGGCGACGACGAUGGAGCAUUCAAACAAAUCGAAACCGCCUUGAGUUCUGCGGCGUGGAUUGGACAGAUCCCUUGGUUAUAUUGGUUGCACGACGCCCUCAUGCCGUGGAUCGGGAACCAUCUGGGCAUUACCGCGCGAAAUGGAUCCCUUCGCACCUUCGCCGUGAAUGCGAUUGCAGGGAGGAAAGAUCGCGGGAGCGACCAUCAAGAUAUUCUCUCGCUGUUGCUGGCCACGCAGAGGGAAAAGGGGGGACAGAUGGACGAUAAUGCCGUGACGAGUAUGGCGAGUUCCAACAUUUUUGCUGGAUCGGAUACGACUGCCAUUUCCACCCGAUCGAUUAUUUACUACUUGCUGAAAAACCCCGACUGCAAAGCGAAACUCGUGCAAGAAAUUGCGCUCUUGCGCGCACGGGGCGAACUGUCGGGCCCCAUCAUCACGCUCGAUGAGGCGGAGAAGAAGAUGCCCUAUCUGCAAGCGGUCAUGUAUGAAGCGCUGCGUCUGCAUCCCGCCGUGGGCAUGUCUCUCCCCCGCGUCGUGCCCCCCGGCGGCGCCACCAUCGCCGACACCUUUCUCCCUGCAGGGACCGUCAUCGGGGCCAAUCCGUGGGUGAUUCAUCGCAACACGGAAAUCUUUGGACAUGAUGUCGAAGCCUUCCGGCCCGAACGGUGGCUCAAACAAGAUGACUCGCCGGCGGAGGAGAAGCGGGUGGGAGAUAUGCAUCGCUUCUUUUUCGCCUUUGGAAGUGGAGCGCGCAUGUGUUUGGGUAGAAAUAUCAGUUGGUUGGAAAUGAGCAAACUCAUUCCGACCCUGUUUGAGACGUUUGAGAUGGAGUUGGCGGAGCCAGAGAAGGAGUGGGAAUGCAAAUGUUUUUGGUUUGUCAUGCAGACGGGGAUUCAUGUACGGUUGAGGAGAAAGGGGGAGGAAGCAUAAUUCUUUUUUGAACAAGGUAGGUGAGAUAAGGUAACAUGGGAC